AUGACUAAACACUCUGCUUUUGGUGAUGACUCAGAGGAGGAGGCCAUCGAGAUCGAGGAAACCCCAAAACGUCAUGAGGAAGUGAGGAUUCUGGAGAAGAAGAGGCCUCGAUCCGACAAGCAAGCAAGCUCAUCCAAUAGUCACGAUCGUCAGAGGACAACCCAAAUGAUGCAUCCUCUCACUUUUAAGAAACAGAGGGCAGAGUCCGAACCGACUCCGGGGUCAAACCUGCCACCACGUGGCGGCAGACAUUUGGCCGACCGACUGCUCAGGGAGAUGUAUGAAGACAAGGGAAGGGUUACUAGCACUUCCGAGUCCAUUCAGUCUAGACAAGCUUGGAUAAGCUUCAACCCUCCGACGGUGGAUUGUCCCGACAUCCAACCCUUGAAGCAGCCCCAGAUCGAGGAAUGCAUGGAGCAAGCAUCGUCUCAAGAGGAGAGAGCUAUUGAUCGUGCCCUUAAGUUGAAGCAGGUGGAGAAUUCCCUUCAAAAGCAUUCAUACCUUCACUUGAAGACGUUUGCAGAUGGUCUCAAUGCGGUGAUGGGUCCUGCUCUAGAGAUAGGGAUGAGGAAUAUGUCAAAGGACAUAAAGGAGUCCAUGAAGAAGGAAGAAGACCUCUGUCCUCUUUUGGAUAAGUAUGCAGAUGAGGCGAACAAGGGUCAAACAUCAUCGAUCCGGUUGAGGUUUAUGGCCCGAGAGCUCUUCAGGGACAUAGAUUGGGAGGAUGUCCCCAUUAUUCAAGAUAUAUCUAAGGGGUGUCCUUCUAUUACUUCUCCAGAGGACAUCCUUAACAUCAAGCAGGGCCCCUCGAAGAUUUUCUCGAUUCUGAAGGGUGCCCGAACUCCUCGUAGGAUGCCUCAGGGACCUGAUGAUGAAGAAGAAGAGAAGGGAGAAGAAGAGGCCGAAGGAGGUAAAGAGAGUUUGAACCCGGGGCCGGGGAAAGUGAGAGCCCUGAGAGUGACGAAUCGUCUUUGGAUUCUGACGCUACCAGUAGUGACCCAAGGUGAAUCCCAAGGGGACUUAGGGGCUGAUAACCUAUGUACUCUUCUAGUUUUUAAGGUUUUUGUAAUUUUUAGGCCCCUCGGGGAAGGCGGGGAGUCCCCGAGGACCAUCAAGAAGCCCUCCUUUCAAACGAAAGAGGACCCCUCGGCCGCAAUGGGAUUUUUAGCAAAUAUUCCUCACGUGAGCUUGAGUCUACCAGACCCUCCCUAUGACUCUGCUAUGUAUCCCCAUCACACCGCCAUCGGGAAAGUCUUAUUCAACCCCUCCCUGAACCUUAAAGAGGGACGGUUUCCCGAACUCGAGGAGAAGCUUAAGAACGCUCUUGCUUCCAUGCGAGAGUCCGAACAAGCAUCGGCUUUUGGGGCAGCAAAGAAAUUACAAGCAGAGAACGAGAGGCUCCGUCAUCUUCAUAAAGAACUAGAGGCCUACUGGGAGGAUCAUUUCAAGAACGUAGUUCAAGUGGAGUUUCGUGCGUCGGAUCGCCUUUGGAAACUCGAAGCUACGAUUAGGAAGAAAAAGAGGAACGAGGGGGUUAUAAAUCCUGACCCUGAGGACUUCAUCCCGCGGAAUUACUACUAG